AUGGCAUAUUGUUUACCAUGUUUUGUUUUUGAAAAAAAUCCAGCAAGUAGGUCUGCACUAAUUACUGAUGGGUUCAACAAUUGGAAAAGAGUAAAUGAUGGAAAGAAUUGUGCAUUUCUGCUUCAUGUUGGAGGUCCAUCUUCACCACAUAACAACUAUAUAAGAUGUGCUGAGGACUUAAUGAAAUCAUCUCAACAUAUUGAGAAAGUUAUUCAGAAACAACCGAAAGAGCAAAUAUUAAAGAACCGAUUACGGCUCAAGGCAACAAUUGAGAGUGUUCGGUGGCUUACAUUUCAAGCAUGUGCUCUUAGAGGUAAUGAUGAAUCGAUAGACUCAAUGAAUCGUGGAAAUUUUGUUGAAUUGAUAAAAUAUACAGCUCAAUGGAAUGACAAAGUUAAUGAAGUUGUUUUAGAUAAUGCUCCUGGAAAUGCUAAAUAUAUCUCAGGGUUGAUUCAGAAGGAAAUUUUGCAUAUUCUUGCAGACAAAGUUCGAACUAAAAUUCGUGAAGAAGUUGGAGAAUCGCAUUAUUGUAUUCUAGUUGAUGAAGCAAAAGAUGCAUCUAAUAGAGAGCAAAUGGCUAUUGUGUUAAGAUUUGUUGAUAAGGAUGGUUUUGUACGAGAACGUUUUUUUGAGAUUGUGAGGGUUGAAGAUACUAGUUCUUUAACACUUAAACAAGAGAUAUCUCGGGUCCUUAUUAAUUCUAAUCUCCAAAUUGAUAAAAUGCGAGGUCAAGGAUAUGAUGGUGCUAGCAACAUGAGAGGUGCAUGGAAUGGACUACAAGCAUUAUUUCUUAGAGAUUGUCCUUAUGCAUAUUAUGUGCAUUGUUUUGCUCACAGACUACAAUUAGCAUUAGUUGCUGCGUCAAAAGAUGUGGCUUCUAUUUGGUUGUUCUUUUCAACAUUGAAUUCAAUUAUCAAUCUCAUCACUGCUUCCCCCAAGCGCCAUGGUCAGUUACAAUCUACUCAAAAAAUGGAUAUUGCAAAUAUGUUGGGUACUGGUGAACGUGCGACAGGUAAAGGGGCUAAUCAGAUUGGUACUUUGCAUCGGCCUGGAGCUACUCGUUGGGGAUCUCAUUAUGAUUCUUGUUCAGACUUAAUAGAUAUGUAUAAUGCAUCUUGUACAGUUGUUGAGACCUUGAUUAAGGAUGGAGCCUCUAACUCUAUACGUGGGGAAGCUACUG